CCUGAACUUUAAAAAGGGGACUAGCGCGCAACACCGCCCGCCUGACCGGGACAGAGUGCUCUGUGUGAGCACUGGGGUGACGAGUCUGUAAGGGGACUGACUCUGAUGAGAAACCAGGGGAGGACUCUUUUAAAUGGCUAUACUAUUGUUGUAUUUCUACUUUGUGAUCUGGGUGUUUUAUUGAUCUUAACCACUCUUAAAUUCCAAAGUGUUACCCUGUAUUUAAACACUGUGUGGAUCUGCAGGGGGCAGACACGCUCACUGCAAUCCUUGCUGGAGGUUUAUUUUGUGUAUUUCAGUUUGCUGUGUUAUAUGGUUAUUGUCUAUAUCGGGUCACUAUUAAUGGUUUGAUUGAUCUGUUUAUAGUUGUCUUCGAGCUAUCUUGUUGUAGUUGAUGUAUUUUAUCGCUGUUUUUGUAUUGUAGUGUGAUUCAUGUUCACUAAUGAAUUAUUGUGUUUGAGUUAUUUUCUUACUCCACGGGGGUUGCAGUGGGCGUGUCUGCCCCCCUGCGUUUUCUAUUCCGCAGUGAAUAAUUAAUCGAGCUCAGUUGUUCUAAUUUAUUGGUAUGGUUUAAGAUCGUUAACUGCCCUGUUUUAAUUAACUAUCUUAAUAAAUUGUUUGCUCUGAGUUGCUGUUCCUGGUGUCUUUGUGACGUCACUUCACACACUCUCCCUUAUUCUAUAAAUAUACCAACUACCGGACUCUCCGGUUAAACAAAGGUGGAGGCAGAGGCUCGCUAUGGCAUAUUUAACCCAGUAUCCGUGAACGAGCAGGUUCAUUACAGUACUCUGUCACAAUAAUAAUCACAUCGAGUUUGUAAUUGCAGUGUACUGUCUGUCACAAUAAUAAUAAUCACAUCGAGUUUGUAAUUGCAGAAAUCUACUUUCAGGCAUUAAUGCGUCUGCUUCAUCAACUCAUAAGCAAAGCUGCAGGAGUUAAGAAGCUUGAUUCAAGCUCAGUGCAACCUCGCCCACUUGAGGAACCUGCAGCUUGAAAUAGAGGUAUGAGCAGGAAGGGCUGGAGAAGCAAUCCUAUUGUAAUAUUCUGAAAGGAGUCCUGACAGAGAGCAAGGCAGGACCGGCUUUGUGCAGAAAUGGCAGCAAACACUUCUCCUCUGGAGGCAGAUCUUUCCUGUGCUGUGAGAUUCUCAAGGAUCCUGUAACUCUUCAUUGUAACCACAGCUUCUGUAAAGCAUGUCUGGAUCAGUGGUGGAAAGAGAAGAGAGCUCGGGAGUGUCCCGUGUGCAGGACGAGGAGUUCAGUGGAGGAGCUUCCUGUGGAUUUCAAGCUCAGGAAUAUUGUGGAGUCCUUCUUAAAGGAACGCAGUCAGAAUCCUCCAGCACCUACUGGAAUACUCUGCAGUCUGCAUGAUGAGAAACUGAAGCUGUUCUGUUUGGAUGAUGAAGAGGUUGUGUGUCAAACUGCAGAGAAACAUGAGAAUCACAAGCUCCGUCCUGUUCAGGAGGCUGCACAGGAUUAUAAGGGAGAACUCAAGACUGCGCUGAAGCCCUUGAGGGACAAGCUGGGAUCCUUUUAAUAAAGUUAAAAACGAGUGUGAUAAAACAGCAGAGCACAUCAAGAAACAAGCCCAGCAAACAGAGAGGCAGAUAAAGGAGGAGUUUGAGAAACUUCACCAGUUUCUACGAGAUGAAGAAAAGGCCAGGAUAGCUGCACUGAGGAGGGAAAGGAUACAAAAGGGAAGAAUCAUGAAAGAGAAGAUUGAAAAACUUACAAGAGAAAUCUCAUCCCUUUCAGACACAAUCAGAGUGAUAGAAGAGGAGAUGAAAGCUGAAGACAUCUUCUUCCUGCAGAAGUACAAAGACACACAGAGAAGAGCCGAGUGCACACUGCAGGAUCCACAGUGUGUUUCAGGAGCGCUGAUAGAUGUAGCCGAGCACCUGGGCUCUCUGAAGUACAAAGUGUGGGAGAAGAUGCUGGGGAUUGUUCAAUACACUAAGAACCUUGGAGUCACCCUGGACCCCUGCCUCUCUUAUUCCCAGCACAUCCCCACUCUGGCACGCACUUGCAGAUUCUUCCUGAGCAACAUCCGAAGAAUCCGACCCUUCCUCACCAACUAUGCUACCCAGCUCCUGGUCCAGGCCCUGGUACUCUCCCGCCUAGACUACUGCAACUCCCUCCUGGCUGGCCUCCCUGCGUCCGCCACCCGUCCGCUCCAGCUCAUCCAGAACUCUGCUGCUCGCCUGGUGUUCUCUCUACCUCGCUUCGCCCACGCUACUCCACUACUCCGCUCGCUCCACUGGCUCCCGAUCACCGCUCGCAUCCAGUUCAAGACCCUUGUACUAGCCUACAGAUGCCUUGAUCAGACUGCACCCAGCUACCUCCAGACCCUCAUCUCUCCCUACACCCCCACUCGACCUCUCCGCUCCGCCUGCACUAGAAGACUGGCUCUACCUCCGCUACGCUCCCCUGCCUCCCGAGCCCGCUCCUUCUCCACCCUUGCUCCGCAGUGGUGGAACGACCUUCCUACAGAUGUCAGGACUGCCCAGUCCCUGACCACAUUCCGGCGCCUCCUUAAGACUCACCUCUUCAAACAGCACCUGUAGAACUCCUCUGUUGUAUCCUGGGACACUAUCACCCUUCAUUUAAAUAUGCUUUAUUUUGCUCUUAUCUGCCCCCUAUUUUACUGCAUUUAAUCCUGUACCUCAGAAUAUUGUAAUCUGCCAAGUGUUUAACCUGUAGUAUUUUGUACUUAAUCAUAUCCUGAUGUAACUAUCACUAUUUAAUCAUAUCCUGAUGUAACUUUCACUAUUAUCUGCUGUAUUAUUGAAUUGUGGUUUGUCACACUUGAGAAUUAUUGUAUUUCUUGUUCUUAUUGUAUGACUUAUAUUGUAACACUUGAAUGUAUUUGUAUUUGCUUGCGAUUGUAAGUCGCCCUGGAUAAGGGCGUCUGCUAAGAAAUAAAUAAUAAUAAUAAU